UUCAGCCCAGGGCCUAAUCGCAUAGAAAGAAAGCCGGACCAAUCAAAGCAGCAUCAUGGAGGAAGCAAGGGACGAGGUGAGCAGGAGAUUGCUGACGCUGGGGGAGAAGGAGCUCAUUCACCUAUGUGAACAUCUAAAGUGUAACGCACCUGUUGGGGGUUUUGCCAGCAAAACAAGACGCACCCUAAUCAGGUUGGUGGAGAAGACAUUAGAUGAAAUUGAAGAGGGUGAAGAGUCCACAGAUUCAUAUCAGAAGUAUCUCCAGCAAUUACUGUCCGAUCUUUCCUCUCUGAAUCCAACACUGGAAGAAACUGAGGCUGAGACCGUAGUUCAGGAGAAAGGGGAGCUAGAGGAGUUGAAAAUGCAGUACCAGAAAUUACAGCAACAGAUGGAAGAGGAAAUUGGGGCGUUGGAGGAAAAAAUGAAGCAGAGGAUGCAAGCAGCAGGAGGACACACUGCAUCGGUCCCCAUUACUACAAAGGAUGUAGACACAAAGUCUGCCAUCACCACACCAACCAGGCUGCCUGAGGUCACGCUGAGGCGGGAGUUUCGGAUAAUGGGACAGAUCGGUGAAGCGGGCCAGAAAGAAAAAUUGUCCUACACCAGCCUCAUAAACCAGAUCGAGUCGGCACUACAGAAAGGACAUGGAGAAGCAAAGAUUAUUGAAGCAGUCACACGUGCUGUGAGCCCAGGUCUUCAUCUGCGGGAAAUGUUGGAAAUAAAGCGAGGACUGACAUUACCCACCCUCAAAACCAUACUUAAGGGGCAUUACAAAGUGGAUUCUUCCUCUGACCUGCUGCAUCGUCUGAUGAACAUGACACAAGACCCAAGGGAGUCAGCACAGAAUUUCUUAUUCAGAGCAAUAGAACUGAAAGAGAAGCUAAUGAGAAAAUUCAGCGAUGAUGAUGCAAGCGAAGAAGGUGAGCAGUUCAGUCCUCAACUAAUUCAAAGAAAAUUUCUCCGCUCUAUAGAGACUGGUCUUUACAGUGAUGCAGUUAAGUUUCAACUCAAACCAUAUCUCAGCAACCGUACUGUCACAGAUGAGGUGUUAAUUGAACGGAUCAAUGAGGCAACAAACUUAGAACAAGAGAGACAGCAGUAGAUAGUGUUACUCGUGAACAAGGGGGAAGAAGUAAGAAAAGUCAAGGACCCAAAAC